UAUAUAAGGCCAUUUAUCCAGAUUAAUGUAUGUAGUGCAGAUAUGGCGUUACAGGUGAUCACUGUGUUCGUUCUUGGUGCUUUGGUGGCGGGAAGCGGAGCGGCGCCGAAGGAUACCAAGGACCCUUGCUUCAACUACGAGAAUUCGCCAAAAGUAAAAGCUGAAAUGGAGAGCUCAGCUUGCUUCAACUACGAGAAUUCGCCAAAAGUAAAAGCUGAAAUGGAGAGCUCAGUUGCGUGGCACAGACCGAUGUCUGCUGGUUCCGUCCAGGAGGAAGAGCUGAUGCAAAAGAGUGCUCGUGCUAUGACACAAGCUACUGAUCCUCUGGAGAAACUCCGCUUGCUUUGCUUGUCCCGAGGUGCUUCAGGGAUCUUGGGACUUGGAAGAAUUUUCCGUCGCAUGGAUGAUGAUGGAAGUAAACUACUGAACAAAGAAGAAUUCCUUUAUGGCAUCAAGGAAACAGGGCUGGAACUUAAUAAAACUGAAGCCGAAGAACUCUUCAGUCAAUUCGACACAGACAAUAGUGGCUCAAUCAGUCUUGAUGAAUUCCUUAUUAAAAUCCGUCCUCCUAUGUCGGAAUCACGUCGUAACAUUGUAGAACAAGCAUUCAAGAAACUUGACAAGACUGGUGACGGUGCAAUCACAAUUGAUGACAUUAAAGGUGUUUAUUCCGUCGAUUCUCAGACCAGAUAUAAGAGCGGCGAAGAAACUGAAGAUGUAAUAAUGAAAAGGUUCCUCGCGAAUUUUGAGUCCGAUGGAACAGUCGAUGGGAAGGUUACUCUUGAAGAGUUUAUGAACUACUACAGUGGCAUCAGCGUCUCCAUUGACAACGACUGCUAUUUUGACCUAAUGAUGCGUCAGGCGUACAAGCUCUAAAGCUUGACUCGAAACUUUACCUGUCUCGCUCUAACACUCACAUCCACGCACCAAGGGCGAAGGAGACAGAAAAGUGAAUGCACCGCCUGUAUUUUCCAAACUAAAAAUUUAUUUCGUUUUUGUUCGUAAUGAGUAAACUAUUAAAUUUAAUUUGAAGCUA